CAAAUACUGCGAACGCGCGCCCACAAGGGGGAGGUCCAAAGAGAUGGAAGGGGUCGGUAUAUGUCAGGAGAGUGGUCUGAUCUGUGUGCUUUAGACUUCUCUACUGGGUUCUGACACAAACCGCUGAAUAUCUCGUGUUUUAUUCUUGUGGGUAGAGAAUGGAGACGUCAAAGUCCUCUACAAUGCAGGUCAGCUUUGUGUGUCAGCGCUGCAGCCAGCCUCUGAAGUUGGACACCUCUUUCAAAAUCCUGGAUAAGGUCACCAUGCAGGAGCUGACAGCCCCUCUGGUGACAACAGCAGCAGUAAAGCCAGGUGACAUUCAAGAAGUAGAUUCAAAUAUAGAGGAAACCUUUGCAGAAAACCGAACAGAUGGCGUAUCCCGAAGACUUAUCCCACCAGCCAGAAUGAUGUCCACAGAAAGUGCAACCAGUUUUACACUGAUAGGAGAGGCAUCUGAUGGAGGCACUAUGGAGAAUCUGAGCAGAAGACUGAAGGUGACAGGGGAUUUGUUUGACAUUAUGUCAGGCCAGACAGAUGUGGACCAUCCACUUUGUGAGGAAUGCACAGAUACCCUUUUGGACCAACUGGAUACCCAGUUAAACAUCACUGAGAAUGAGUGUCAAAACUACAAACGGUGCCUGGAGAUUUUGGAAAGAAUGAAUGAAGAUGACAAAGAGAAACUGGAAGCCAAACUGAAGGAGCUGGCCGAGGAUGAGGAAAGACUAAUUCAAGAGUUAGAGGAGGUGGAGAGAAACCGUGAGUUAGUUGCUAAGGACAUCGAGAAAGUACGAGAGGAAGCAGAGAGGCUGGAGCAGGAGGAGGCUCGUUAUCAGAAGGAGUACAGUGAGUUUAAGCGCCAGCAGCUGGAGUUAGAUGAUGAUUUAAAGAGCGUGGAGAAUCAGAUGAGAUAUGCUCAGAUCCAAUUAGACAAGCUGAAAAAGACCAACGUCUUCAAUGCCACCUUCCACAUCUGGCAUAGCGGUCAGUUUGGCACAAUUAACAACUUUCGUCUUGGACGCCUGCCUAGCGUGCCAGUGGAAUGGAAUGAGAUUAAUGCAGCCUGGGGCCAGACUGUUCUACUGCUGCAUGCACUAGCCAAUAAGAUGGGGCUGCAGUUCCAGAGGUACCGGUUAGUGCCAUUUGGAAACCAUUCUUAUUUAGAGUCCCUUACAGACAAGUCUAAGGAAUUGCCCCUGUACUGUUCGGGUGGAUUGCGGUUCUUCUGGGAUAACAAGUUUGACCAUGCCAUGGUAGCUUUCCUGGACUGUGUGCAGCAGUUUAAGGAGGAGGUUGAGAAAGGGGACACUGGUUUCUGCUUGCCCUACAGGAUGGAUGUAGAUAAAGGGAAAAUUGAAGACACAGGAGGGAGUGGAGGAUCCUACUCCAUCAAGACCCAGUUCAACUCUGAGGAACAGUGGACCAAGGCCCUAAAAUUCAUGUUGACUAAUCUGAAAUGGGGACUGGCUUGGGUUUCCUCUCAAUUCUACAACAAAUGACACCGCAGUUGGUUGUUGAAUAAACGUCUGUGGGUAUAUUUGUCUUGCAGUCACAAAGAGAGGUUGGUGCCAUUCUGAUGAGUAUGCCAAACCCCUUUACUGCCAGAGGCUGGCCCCGCUGGCUUUGUAGGGUUAAUCUAUCUUAAUAUUUCACCAUUUUUCCACCAAAGCAAGCCUGGUUUUACAAUUCUUUUGUCAACUUAUAAGUAUUACAUGUAUAAGACCUUUUACCUUCAUGGAGACAUCUGUUGAGGUGGUUAUGUAUAUAUGUUGCACCUUCCCUAAAUAUGUAUAUUACUUAGAAAACCGUAAAGUCUUAAUUCAAGCUUUUGUUUUUGCAUGAAAAUAACUUAAUUUUUUUCAACUAAGGAGGUUGUAGGGAGAUUUCCUUUCCAAGGGUAAUCAGUCUGCAUUAGGCAGUAGAUGCAGCAUUUUGUUUGGUUCAGUCCCCCCUUUAAGGUAAAAGCUUUGAUUAGUCUCUCAAAACAACAUUACUUGUGUAUCGACCAUAGGUCCAACUAUAUAUACCCCCCAAAUCCCACUCUGACCUUCACCUUAAUUGGCCUUUAGGCUGAGCCUUCCCAGCCAUCGCUAGAGAUCUCCCCAGGGGGCUAGCGUCACAGUUUGGAACCACACAAGAGGCAUCAGAAUGAAGUAAGGGUUUAAAGGGGAAUAUUUUCUAUACAGGUGUUAAAAGGACAGUAUAUCCUCUUUUUCAACAUGAGUUCAACUAAUAGGGUUUGUGCUGAGCAUACUGUUUGCCUUUUGUAUUAAUUAGGAAAUAUAGCUUUUGUUACUUCACUGCACUGAAAAGGGGCAAAAGCCACAUUCUGCAAUGAUAUUUCCUUUACUUCUUGGCCCAGCAGAAAUAGGCAUAUCUUUUUAUGCAUCCCUUCUUCCUUUGUUCAGUGCUUUCUAAAUAUGAUGAUGCCUGAAGCUGCCUUCUCUGACCCAUACUUUGCUUAAUUGGGCGAACUGCUAGUGAGAACGAGCGAAAAGAGGGAAUAAUCUGUUCAAAACGAAAAAAGGUUCGCAGGAUAAUGUGAACAAUCAGGGAUACUUUUAUGAACUCCUUUUAGUGGGCUUUACUGACUGCAAUCCAAAAAGUUUGCAUUACAUGCAGCCCAACAACUUGAAUUCUAAGUAGGGAUGCACCAAACCCAGGAUUCAUUUUGAGAUUCGGGCAAAUCUGGGCACUUUUUUAGGAUUUGGAUUUGGCUGAAUCCUAGGUGUUCAGCCAAAUGAAAUCCAAACCUUUAAAAUCAUGUGACAAGGAGACAUGACUGAAUUGAAUACCAAAUCCAAAGCUUGUUUCAGUGUGUUUGGGAACCUUAAACUUAUAAUAUGCUUCAAAGAAUAAAAUAUCUAUAUAAUUUGAAUAGAAAGAUUUGUAUUGUAUAUUUAAUGCAUCUGUGCACUGAAAGCAUUGAAAUAAAGGUUAUUUUGGAAGCCAUAA